AUGAUGUCUAUUUCCAGCGACAGCUCCAAGGUUAUCACUGCUGGUGCCAUCCUCGAGGAGUUUGUGCAAAAUUUGCCUGCUCCAGGACCCACGACUGGAGGUGUGGUUCGAUCCGAGCAACAAGUUCCACCUGCACCUACCGCGGGCUUCGAUGAUAGUAUGGUCAUAGGGCUUCUGCGUGACAUGGAAGGAAAUGACGAGACUGAGAACCCAGAGGAUGCUGAAGUUUCCGCAGUACGUCCGGCAUCACCCUUUGCCGAAGGUGAUGGACAUGAGUCUUCGGACAGCGAAAAUGACCCUGACUUAUGUGCGUUUGAGAGGGAGUUGCAGAUGUCCUGA